CCUGUGCUCUGCAGUUACAGGAUUGCAGUAAGAAAGGACAGCAGUUACUAAGAAGCAACCUGAUACAUUUCUUCUUUUCUUCACUGUCCUGGAAAGAGCCUGUGUUACAGCUGCAAUGUGCAAGAUGUCUUACAAGAAGGAAACACCCCUUGCCAAUGCUGCAUUCUGGGCUGCGAGGAAAGGAAAUCUGGCACUGCUUCAGCUUUUGCUAAACAGCGGACGAAUAGACGUGGACUGCAAAGACAGUUCUGGACUCACUUCCCUUAUGGUGGCGUCUUACGCUGGACACAUGGAAUGCGUGCGGGAGCUAGUCUUGCAAGGUGCAGAUAUCAAUCUGCAGAGAGAGUCUGGAUCAACUGCCCUCUUUUUUGCUGCCCAGCAAGGUCACAAUGACAUUGUGAAAUUUCUAUUUGAAUUUGGAGCAUCUACUGAAUUUACUACAAAAGAUGGAGGCACAGCCUUAUUGUCUGCCAGUCAAAAUGGCCACUGCAGAGUGGUUGAAACUCUUCUAAAGCAUGGAGCCAACAUUCAUGAACAACUUUGUGAUGGGGCUACACCACUGUUUCUAGCUGCACAAGGAGGCUAUGUAGAUGUAGUUCGAUUAUUACUCACUUAUGGAGCAAAGGCUAAUCAGCCCAGGCAGGAUGGGACCACCCCACUGUGGAUAGCAUCACAAGUUGGCCAUAGUGAAGUGGUGCGAGUGCUGCUUCUAAGAGGCGCUGACCGAGAUGCUGCACGCCUUGAUGGGACUACAGCUUUAUUUAAAGCUGCAACCAAAGGCUUCAAUGAUGUUAUAGAGGAAUUACUGAAAUUUUCUCCAUCAAUUGGUAUGUUAAAGAAUGGUUCCACUGCUCUACAUGCUGCAGUUCUUAGUGGCAAUGUGACCACAGUCACCCUUCUCGUAGAAGCCGGAGCAGAUCCAACCAUUAGGAAUAAGGCCAAUGAAUUGCCAGCAGAUCUCUCAAAAAAUGAACGUAUAUUGCGUCUCCUGAAGACAAAAGAAACACUCAAGCAAAGUUAGCACUUUAUCGCUGUGUAACUGGUGUAAAGCUUUCUUUUACUGGAAAUAUCAUUUGUUCUUAUAUUGCUGCAAGUUUUAUAUUAAGCUGGUUUAGAAUGGGCUGUUCAUUUUCUCAGUAAAAGUGGUUAAUGCAUCUAAAAUAUCAAGAUAAAACUGCUCAAGAGGAGUUAGCAUAUUCUGUAGUUAAUGACUGAAUUAUCAAAUAUUUACCGGCAUGGAGAGAAUUUAUGCAAAACUUGUUUUUAGCUUUACAGCAAUUUCUAUGCCUCUCCUUAUAGUGAGAGAAAUGGCUUUAGAGAACCAGGCCCUGAGACUGUGCCAAGUAUAAAAUAAUAUCUUAGAAUAUAUUCUGAUAAUCGAGCCAUAUACUGUAACAGUAACAUUUCAGUUACAACGCAGGGGAUCUCCCGUCUAUAUAUUCAGCCUUAAUGUAAUAUUUCCACCAGCUCACUGAAAAUCAAUACAUUCUGUUUUACUUGAUAUAUUCAAAAUCCAUAAUAGUUUUAACAAAACAUAAUGGGUCCGAAUUAUCGGCUUGCCAGAAACAGAAGUUAUGAAGCAGCGAUCUAAAGACCGCUGCUCCAUAACUUGUUCGCCGGCUCUGAGGCUGCUGACAGAAAUCAACCCGAUCGAAUACGAUUGGGUUGAUUGAAACCCCAUUCUAGCGGCUGAUUGGCCGCGAAUCUGCAGGGAGCGGCAUUGCACCAGCAGUUCACAAGAACUGCAUGUGCAAUGAUAAAUGACGACAGCAUAUGCUGUCGACAUUUAUCGAUGUGAUACGCAAUAUCGUAUUAUGUCCGAUCGCACAUUAAUAAAUAGGCCCCAUUGUGUUUGUAUUUUAAAUAUAUGCCGUUUAUUUUAUGUUUCUACAUAGUCUGUGUGAAUAUCUCUGUUGUUCAUGCUGGAUUUUAACCAUUGGUGCCCCAGGUGCAAGUUAGAUGCAUCCUGAUAGUUAAACCUACUUGUGCCCAUUGAUAUCCCAACUAACAUAUGCACUGACUACUGCCUUGUUUAGUCACAUGUACAGUUUCAUGUUCAAAGAAUGCAGAAUGUUAGAUGAUAAACCAUAUGGUGCAAAGUUGUAUCACUUGCUCAGCCAAAAUCUUUACAACUUUUAUUUUAAUGAGAAGAGUAUUCAUCUUAAAAAAUAUAUUCUGUUCCAUGUUUUGUAUGAAAAAUGUGUGAUCAUCGAUGUCAGUCACUCUAAUGUUAUUAUUGUGGUGGGUACCUGAUAAUAAUCCUGACAGUAAGGAACUGAUAGUUGUAUAAUGUCAAAAUAUGGAGGCCACUGAAUAAUAUUAGAAACAUCAUAUUAACUAUCAUAAACCUUUGUUUCACUACACCUAAGAUGGUAGUGCCCUACCUCAGUUGCAAGACAAACUGAAACUAAACCACAGUUACUCACACCUGGACUUCUCACCACUGCAGUUUUGUCCUAGUAUCCACAGCUCAAUAUCACUAGCAACCCACAUAUUCUAGCAACCACAUCUCUGCUCCCAUAAGAAACCUAUUUCUAACAAUCCCUUUCUUGCUAUCAACUCCAGCUCCACUACCAACCCCAGCCUCACUAUAACUAAUCAUUUCAGUUCAUAGCAACCCCAAAUACACUAUUAUUUGCACACCCAGCACCACUAAUAACUCAAGUCCCACUACCCCUAUCAAACAUAGACUUAUAUACAAACCUCCAGACCCCCCUAUUGACAAAAUAAUUCUUUACUUCAAAUCCUAACACCUACCCAAAAUGAAAAAUAUUUCAUCUUAUUUAGAACCUACUGAAGACACUCCUCAUUGUAACCAACCCCGAAAAAAAACAAGACCCCAUGUGACCACCAGCCCAAAGUAUGUUCCUAUCUUUAUCUUGACUCCAUUUUAAUCAUAAUGUUUCUUUAGUCAUGAAGUCUUUGCUUCUCGUCUUAAAACUACCUUGUAAACAAAAAUCUGCAAAUUAAGGGGUAGGCUCCUCAGAAAGGACAGUAGACAUUGAGGAGACUAAAUAUGAGGAGAAAGGACAUAUUUUAAGAUGAAAGAGCCCAUUUUAUGGAUGAAGCUGACACGUCUAUCAAUCAAAAUGGAGGACAUUUUGGAGCACACUUGAAUUAGGAUUAAGGAAGGAAGUUUGGGCUAGGAGCUUUGUGCUUGAGGUGUGAUUGUGGUGGGCUCCUUUCAUGCUAGAAAGUUUUCUUUAAUUUUUUUUUUAUUCAUUUAUAUUUUGUUGAGUGUUUUCAGGUGGGUUGUUUUGUCAGUGAAUGGGUAUCUUGGGUAAGGGGUGUUUCACAUUAUUAUUUAGUGGGCCUAAGGUUGAAGAAGUGCUGGGGUUGCUAGAGGGGCUGGUCUGCUACUGGCAGUGGGCUAGGAACGUUUGUUGGACAGAUGUUCCUAGUAAUCAUAGGACUGGUGGGGUAAGGGUUAUUUAUAGUAAGGUUGCAGUUAACGUUUAGGGUUAAAGGGAUAAUAUCACUGGUAGCUAUAUCAUAUAGAUACCAGUGGCUAUUGUGGCUGAAGUCAGAAGCUGCUUACUGUUCAGGUUAUUGUGACCAGCCUUCAAAGGACAGUAAACUCAAAAUUUUCUUAAUUCUGGUAGAGCAUCCAAUUUCAAACAACUUCCAAUGUACUUAUAUUAUCUAAUUUACUUUGUUAUCUUGGUAUUUGUUGAAAAGCAUAGCUAAGUAAGCUCAAGAGCAGUAAUGAACUACUGGGAGCUCGCUGCUGAUUGGUGGCUGCAAAUAUAUUCCUCUUGUCAUUGGCUCACUCAGUGUGCUCAGCAAACUCCAAACAGAGCAAUGCUGCUCCUUCAACAAAGAGAAUGCAAAUGUGAUUAUAGAAAUACAUUUUAAAGCUGUUUAAAAGUGUAUGCACUCAUCAUGCAGCAGCUCAGUAUUAUUGUAAGUCAUCUGAACCACAGAUGAUACAUUUGUGGUUAUUUUGCUCAUUAAACCUUAGUACCUACAGGGUUUCUAUGGGUAUACCACAGAAUAUACAAUAGUACAAACAAAUUUAAAAUAAUGAUCAAUAUUUGCAUUACAAAUAAACACUACAGGCCAAAAGUAUGUGGACACCCCUACUAAUUAUUGUUUAGGUGUUUCAGCUACACCCAUUGCAAAUAAGUAUAUGAAAAAAAACACAUAGAGCUCUACACUCAAGAUGACUAAUCUCUUAUAUUGUAGUAUAAUAAAUGUUUAAAGGGACAGUCUAGUAAAAAAUAAACUUUCUAGAUUCAGAUAGGGCAUGUGAUUUUAAACAACUUUCCCAUUUGCUUUUAUGAUCAAAUUUACUUUGUUCUCUUGGUAUUCUUUGCUGAAAGCUAAACCUAGGUAGGCUCAUGCUAAUUUCUAAGCCCUGACUGUUGCCUCUCAGUGAAUUUGACAGUUUUUCACAGUUAGACAGUACUAGUUCAUAUGUGCCAUAUAGAUAACAUUGUGCUCACUCCCGUGGAGUUAUUUGAGUCAGCACUGAUUGGCUAAAAUGGAAGUCUGUCAAAAAAAACUGCAAAAAGGGGACAGUCUGCAGAGGCUUUUAUACAAGGUAAUCAUAGAGGUAAAAAGUAUAUUAAUAUAGCAGUUUUAUGCAAAAACUGGGGAAUGGGUAAUUAGGGAUUAUCUAUCUUUUUAAACAAUAAAAAUAUUGAUGUAGACUGUCCCUUUAAGUAUCCACCUGGCACUGUUAUUUCAUGAAAUUCCUGCUCUACUAGAGCUGUCCUGGUCAUCAGCACAAGAACUGUGGGUCGGGAGCUUUAUGAAAUGGAUUUCCAUGACUGAGCAGCUGUACACAAACUUCACAUCAAUAUGGGCAAUACCAGCUGCUUGCUGAAGUGGUUUAAAGUUCGCCACCACUGGACUCUGAAGCAGAAGAAACAUAUUCUCUGAAGUGAUGAAUCCUGUUUUACUGUCUGGCAGUUUGAUGGAAGAAUCUGGGUGUUGUAGAUACUGGAAUGCAUGGUGGAGGAGUAAUAAUGUUCUGGGGCUGUUCAGGGUUUAGGCCAGUGGAGGGUCAGUUUAAUGCUACAGAAUCCAAAAGCCUUUUAAACAAUUGGGUGCUUCCAACUUUGUGGCAAUGGUUCGGAUAAGGCCCUUUCCUGUUCCAUCAUGACUGUGCCUCUAUGCUCAAAGUAAGGUCCAUGAAGACAUAGUUGGAUAAGUUUGGUUUGGAGGAACUUGAGUGGCCUGCACAGAGCCCUGCCCUCAACCCCACUGAAAACCUUUGGGAUGAAUUGGAACAGCAGUUGAAAGCAAACAUUCUCAUCCAACAUCAGUGCCUGACCUCAUAAAUACUCUUUUGUCUGAAUGGGUACAAAUUCCCAAAGACACACUCUAAAAUCUUGUGUAAAUCCUUACCAGAAGAGUUGCGGCUGUUUUAGCAGCAAUGGGGAAGCCAAUUCCAAAUUAAAGGGAUAUACAGUAAAACUCACAUUUUCUUUCAUCUAGAGCAGAGCUUUCCAAACGUUUCAUGUUGGUGACACACUUUUUAGACCUACAUCAUUUUGCGACACAGUGAUGCAGCUGUACCAGCAAACAGGAGGUUAAACUAACUUGUUUUAAGAGAUACGGACACACACAUAAAUAAUAUAAUAACACAAUGUAUUUACAACAGUAUGUAUGUGCAAGAAUUAAAAAAAAGUUUAAUAACACCAAUAACUACUAUUUUAAUGUGAUGUACGAGGUUGAUGGGAUGAACACAGUUUCUGAAUAUUUGGUGAAAUAUCAGAUAAAGACACUCGCAUUUUUAAGCUUCCACUUCAUUUCCAUAUAUCAAGAGCAGAACACUGACUUCUGACUUUAGCUCAGCGUUUAAGCUAAGCUGCAAACACACUGCUGUCCCACUCACUGACUACACAUGCAGUCACUAGCUGACUGAGGAGACUAAACGUGCAGCCAGGAGCCAAUGUGCCACCAAUGGGAAUAGUUUCAGUUCCGACUGAACUGCGCCAAUAGGUUAAGAUGAUCUGUGACCCACUAGGUAGCAAUCACGUGAUAUGCGUAGCAGGCAGGUGAAAAGUCGGAAACCAAAAUAAAAAAAUUAAAAAAAAUUAAAUUAAAAAAAAUGUGUGCUGAAGCAGGGACACACCUACACACUGCCGCCGACACACUAAUGUGUCAUGACACACAGUUUGGAAAGCACUGAUCUAGAGCAUACAAUUUUAAACAAAUUUCCAAUUUACUUCUAUUAUCAAAUUGGCCACUAAUCCACAGCUAGCUCCCAGUAGUAUGUUGCUGCUCCUGAGCCUACCUAGAUAUACUUUUCAACAAAGGAUAUCAAAAGAACAAAGCAAAUAAUAGAAGUAAAUUGGAAAGUUGUUUAUAAAUAUCCAUGCUCUAUCUGAAUCAUAAAUACAUUUGAGGGUUUUAUUUCCCUUUAAAUGCUCAUGGUUUUGGAAUGGGAUGUCCAACAAGCUCAUGUAGGUGUGAUGGUCAAGUGUCCACAUACUUUUGGCCAUAUUGUGUAUAUGAUUAAUAAUUUAGCAUUUUCUUUUUUUAAAUAAUAAAAAAAGUGAUUAUAUUUAACUAGAGAUCCAUCAUGGAAAACUAUAAAUAGUGUUUUUUAGAUUAUUUUACUGAGUAAAUUGACUUUAGCCACUCCAGCAUGUGCUCCAGUACAGAUAACCCAAACUCAUUCUACGCAAGGAUAAUCCUAACUCUAACCACAGGCAAACAACAUAAUGUGCCUGCAUUUGUUUUUUAUCUAGUGGCGGUGUGUGUUUUCAAACCUUAUUCUGCUUUCAUUAGAAGGAAAUAUUCUGGUUCAUUGCAUUUUGUUAUUCUUUAACUUAUUAAACUGUUCGUCUUAGUCUUCUUUAUCAAAAGUGCUGGCAUAAUGUAGUUGCUUAGCAAUACAAAUAGUGAACAUACUUGUUACAAAUAAAACUUUUUCUGUUAUCCUACUGUAGCAAAUGACAUGGCAAAAUAUAAAAAAUGAUGUGAAUGGAAUUCUACAAUUUAUCUAGAUGCAGAUGUCACCUUUGUAAUGUAGCAAAUCAAACUGUUGCCGGCUGUAGGAGUGCCAGGUUCUGCAUUCCAAGGAAAAUAAGUAAAACAGAAGAUUGGAAAGCUGCUUUAUUAUGCAUAAUUAAAAAUGUAAAGGGAAAUAAAAGUUUGAGUUUAAUUUCCUUUUAACAUAAA